UUUAGCAAUGGAGGAGGAGGAUGCGUCCAGAUUCAUUCCGAGUCCCAAAAAAACCCAAAAAGGCAAAAACCAAACAAGAUGCCUUGAAAACAGGGGCAUGGGUGGCCAUUUCCAUUUCCAUGCCCUUCUUCUUCUCCUCGCUUCUUCUAUUUUUGGCUUUGCCCUCCUCUCUCUUCUCUAGUAUAACACUUUUAGCUUUUGGGUUUGGCCCUCCCUAGCCUCGGCCAUCUUGUUUUUCUCUCGGGCAAAUAAGCAAACACGUGUCAGAAAAAUAUUAUCUGAUGUCUACUCUGAACAAUUCAACAAAUAUAUUUUGGCAAGAAUGUCCUGUUGGGAAGGUUGAAAGGCAGAAACUACUCAACCAAAAGGGAUGUGUUGUAUGGAUUACGGGUCUCAGUGGAUCAGGGAAAAGUACACUGGCAUGCUCACUAAGUAGAGAACUGCACUCCAAGGGAAAGCUGUCAUACAUCCUUGAUGGAGACAACCUUCGGCAUGGUCUGAACAAGGAUCUUGGUUUCAAAGCAGAAGACAGGGCUGAAAAUAUACGCAGAGUUGGGGAGGUAGCAAAACUGUUUGCGGAUGCUGGAUUGAUCUGUAUUGCUAGUCUGAUAUCUCCUUAUAGGAAAGAUCGUGAUGCUUGCCGUGCAAUGUUACCAGAACCAAAUUUUAUUGAGGUUUUCAUGAACAUGCCCCUAGAAUUAUGUGAGUCAAGAGAUGCAAAAGGACUUUACAAGCUUGCACGUGCUGGAAAGAUUAAAGGUUUUACUGGAAUAGAUGAUCCAUAUGAACGACCAUUGAACUGUGAGAUAGAAAUAGAACAGAAAGACGGAGUUUGCCCCAAGCCUGCUGCCUUGGCAGGACAAGUAGUGUCCUACUUGGAGGAUAAAGGAUUUCUUCAAGUUGAGUGAUUUACCUUUCUUUGCUUAGCCUUGGAUCUCUGUCAAUCCGUCACUUUCGAGUUAAAGGAUUUCAUUAAAAACACGAUUAGUUGGAUCAACCCUGCUCUAAGACCACCUGGCAAUCGUUUGGUGGGUUAGUAGGUACUAAUUGCGAGUACAUAUUUUUGGUUAAUAUCUUUUGUUUACUGGUAUAAUAGGGUGAGAAAUUGGGAGUUCCACAGUUUCGAAUUAGCAGAACAUUAUGUGGCUAAUUCUUAUAGUUUGUUCUUUAAAGAGAAA